GGCACCGUAAAAUGGUAAAAGUGGUAAAAGCAGUAAAAGCGUAAAAGCUGGUAAAAGCCGUAAAAGCACUGGAUGGAUGGAUAAAUAACUACGGCUCUGAUAACAUAUAAAUAACAGACAGAGCCGUGUAUAGGGUGUAUAGAUAACAGACAGCUCUGAAUGCGGCUGACCCCAUUUAAUCUGGCGGCGGCUUGCGCCACCUGUCCACAGCUUCUAAUGAAACACGCGAGUCACCACAGCAACAAGCGCGGCGCUUCAACAGCCGCGACGCCAGCAACGCUAGCACGCGGCGACGGCACGAGGGCACGACGCCGAAGCGGACUCGUCGGUUUUGCAGCGUACGUGGAGAAACCUUUGCACGAGCGUUUUUGGUGUCUGACCUUCAUCCCCGCAACGUUGAUCCAGUUGUCCUCGGAGCGAUCAAAUAUCCCGUGAUGAACGAACGUGCGUGAAUCUGACUUGUGUACAACUGUGUUUCGUGCGUUCCCCGUUGGUGUCCCCAGCAUCCCCAGUGUUUCUUGAAGCACCAGCACCAGCAGAAGCACCGCUUUUGCCGGGCUGUGCUGCUGUGCUUGCUGCAGAAAAAGAAAUAAUGGACAGCAUCCUGAGUCCUGACUGGAUCGUGAGACUCUAUUAGCGGUACUGGCGGUACUCGUAUCCACCUUUUUGGCGCGGUCUGGAGUGGCCGGCCGGAGUGAUCCUGGAGCAUGGGCACGUCUUCCGAAGACGUGCUUCUGAUGGUGGGUAAUGUGCGCUACAAGAAGAACAACGGCACGCUGUAUCUGAUGGCCGAGCGUAUUGCUUGGAUGCUGGAGGGAAAAGACACCUUUCCCGUGAGCCACAAGUACGCCGACGUCAAAAUGCAGAAGAUCUCCCCGGAGGGCAAGGCAAAGGUGCAGCUCCAGGUGGUUCUGCACGGUGCCGAGGGCUCUGCCACCACGUUCCACUUUGUGAACCCGCUGGGGACCCGGGCCCAGCUGGACGACCGCAACAGCGUCAAGGAGCUGCUCCAGCAGCUGCUGCCCAAGUUCAAGCGCACCCUCAACUCGGACCUGGAGGAGAAGAACCGGAUGCUCCAAGAAGACCCGCGCUUGUUCGAGCUGUACAGAAGUCUCGUGGUGAGCCGAGUGGUCACGCCAGAGGAGUUCUGGGCCAACCACGCACCGAAGCGGCCAGGGGCUCCUGUGGGACCACAGCCGGCCCAGCCCGUGGGCGUCUCGGCAGCCUUCCUGGUGGACGUGCAGCCGCAGACGGACGGCUCCGAGGGCCUCAAGUACAACCUGACGGCUGACAUCAUCGACUCAGUCUUCCGGACUUAUCCCGCAGUGAAGCGGAAACACCUGGAGAACGUUCCGGAGCGGAUGACGGAGGCGGAGUUUUGGACGCGCUUCUUCCAGUCGCACUACUUCCACCGGGAUCGGCUGCACACGGCUACGCGGGACCUGUUCUCAGACUGCGCACGCAGCGACGAUCAGGAUGUGAGGGAGGCCCUUGCAGCUGGCUUGGGGGACCCCUUGGUGGACAUCUCCUCUUUCCAAGACGUCAACUCGUCCAGCGGUCGGGAGUCCCCCAACUGGCAGGGCGCUGCGGGUGCCACGGCCAACCAGUCGAUGAUCCGGCGCUUCAACCACCACUCCAUGAUGGUGCUCCGGGCGUGCGGACGGGAGGGUGCCCUCGGCUGUGCGGCCGACCCUGCUGCCAAGAAGGCCCGACUGUGGGACAGGGCGCGCCUGGAGGACCUGGAGGGUGUCACCAGCUCCACGGGGGGCGCCACCGUGCGGUUGGGGCACGGCGAGAGGCACCAGCGGGGUCCCACCCCGGGCAGCAAUGGCCCUCCGUGCGACGGCCAGGCGUCCGCCCAGGCCCUUCGCAGGCAGUUGGCCCAGUGGAUCCCCUCAGGACGCUCGAUGCUCCCGGCGUCUGCCGCCUUGUCCGUUCUCGGUGAGCUCUCGCCCGGCGGCUCUCUGAUGAAGAACGCCCAGCAGAUGCCCCUGAAAGACACUGUGAGCGUGGAGCUGCAGCGGGACCUGCGACGCAUAUACGUGGCCCAGUACGAGCUGCUGCGGCACUUCUGGACCUGCUUCCCCACCACCAGCGCCCAGCUCGAGGACAAGGUGGUGAGCAUGCGAGCCACCCUGGAGCGCUUUCAGUAUGCCCAACUCCAGCCGUUUCGGGACCGCUUGCUCCGAGAACACCACUGUCCCGACCUGGCAGACCACCUUGACGACCUGCUCCAGGCAGCCUACGCCAAGUACAGCAGCUGGCAGUCGCGGCGGCUGUCCCUGGGGCGCAAGUGAAGACCACCUCCGCAGCCAGACGGCCGAGCAUCGCCUUUGUGCAGGGUCUGGCAAGCCGCCAAGGUGGCCCCUGUGCUCGAGAGAGCCGUGGUGUCUGCCCAAGAAUACACAGAAAUUCGACGAGUCAGCCUGGGUCUCAAUAACUAACUAAGGGUGAAAAGUUUGUGGGGAUGUCAAGGCCGGUUUACACACACGGCGCAAAGUCGGCGCUGCAUCAGUGCUGCAUUGCGCGUGUGAACUAUACUCGUUUCCACCUCAAGAACCAUUGUAAAAAAAAAAGUACAGCUUUUCGUGGAGCAUUACUAAUUUCCUUCUUUAUGCUGAGAAUUGAGGUAUGUGUAGGUGCAUUUUAGAUUAGGUAUGUUACCGUCUGCAUUUCAAACGCCAAAAGCAUCGUUCCCGCCUCCGACAACUAAAUCUUGUAACAAUUACUUCAUGCGGCGUAUGAACAUGGAGCAAAACUUCCUUUUUUCUUGAGGUGAAAACAGGCAUAGAAAAAGCAAAUUCGCAAGCAGUCAAGUGCCGAUACAGCGCAGGUGUAGUGUAAAGUCUGCGAUGCAUCUAUAGUGCCAGAUUACCGCUGUGCUGAACUCGCAAACAGGCCUUUGACAGCGCACGCAGCAAGAUUAGUACCUAUCCUUCGUAUUCUUUGAUGCAGUCAUCGUUUCAGGGCCCCUAAUAAUUGGCGUCGGGGGCUGGCACACUGCAUUUGCUAAGUGACCCACUCAAAAUGCAUAGGGUUACUCGUGCUUGCUGCUGCAAGGGCCCGGGGCCAUUGAUUGCGUGCCCUCCAACAAUCCUGUUUAGAACUGUGCGACACAGGCUGUAACGAGUUUUUACGGAAGACACUCUGAACAUUGCAAAACCUCGAGACAUGGC